AAUAAUCAAUUUUAAUUUAAAAAGAUCGACUUUCCAAAAAGAUAACCAGAUAGCAGCACAAAUACCUUCCUUAUGAUUAGUGUUUACAUUUCUGUCUUAUUAUUUUUGAGUCUUUGAUUUAAAUUGUACUUGCUUUAAUUGCUAAGUGUCAUAAUUUUGGGCUUGAUCUUUCGAUAAUUUAUUAACCUUAGACUAAGGUUUCAAUGAGCUAAUUUGUGACUUGAUUGGUUGUGUUUUGAUUUGUUUGACUCUAAAUAUUUUCUAAAUGAAUAUCUUACACCAUAAAAGUUGGCAUGUUCGGAAUAAGAAUAAUAUCGCCAAGGUCAGAGCAGCGGAGAAAAAAGCAAGAGAAGAAGAAGAAGCCAAAGAGAAGAGGAAAUUAACCGCUGAAAGUGAGGCCAGAGUUAAUCUUCUAAGAGCCAAAGCCCGUUCAGGUAAUUCAUCGACUAAUGAUGAUGCUACUAUUUCUACGAUCGCGGCCAUUUUGGAUGGAAAAGAGCCUUCAGCAGUUGGAGAAGAUCGACAGAAUAUUGACCAUGAAAAAGAAGUGAAAAAGGAUAAAGAGGAUUGGGAGAAAAAAGUUGGAAUUUUGACUUACCUCGGUCAAGGAUGUGAUGAGGACAAUCCAUGGUACCUGUUAGAUCAUAACACACGAAUGAACAUUAAAGAAGAUGAUCCUUCGACCUCGAGAUCAGAUAAACCAAAGAGCCUCCUUAAACACGACCCUUUAAUUGGUAUCGAAAAACACUUAGCAGCAAUGAAGAAAGCUAAGGAAAAGUCAUCCAUACCUCCACCUAAAGUUAUUCCAUUUACUCCAAUGGUCAGUACUAAGGUCAAAGAAGAAGUAGUAACACCCCAGCGGAAAAUCAAGAAGGAAAAAAAGUCAAAGAGAAGCAAACAUAAGAAACAUAAGAGUCGACAAAAAAGAUCAUCUAAAAAAUCACGAUCUUCACCUCAAUCAGAAUCGGACUCAUCUUUUUCCGAUGAAAGUUCAUCUUCCGACGACAAUGAAGAGAUUGAAAAACGGGCUAAACUCGAAGCUCUGAGAGCUGAACGUUUACAUAGAGAAAAGUUAGAGAGAGAACGAACCAAUUUAUUGUUGAAUAAAUCGAUAAAACUGAACAAAGUAACUCAUUCAAAACAGUUAAUAAAUUAG